ACUAGUGGAUCGUCAAUAUCUGUUGGUGUUUGUCUGUGUGUCACAGUUGUGUCUUAUGGAGCAAAAUAGUGCCCCAUCAUUGGUGUCAGUGGGAGCAAUAGUGCCCCAUCAUUGGUGUCAGUGGGAAGAAUUGUGCCCCAUCAUUAGUGUCAGUGGGAGGAAUAGUGCCCCAUCAUUGGUGUCAGUGGGAAGAAUUGUGCCCCAUUAUUAGUGUCAGUGGGAGGAAUAGUGCCCCAUCAUUGGUGUCAGUGGGAAGAAAUGUGCCCCAUCAUUGGUGUCAGUGGGAAGAAACGUGCCCCGUCAUUUGUGUCAGUGGGAGGAAUAGUGCCCCAUCAUUGGUGUCAGUGGGAAGAAUCG